ACGUAUGGUCCUUUCGAUUAUUGACUUUUUGUAUCUUGCAGCUGGAGCCUUAUUAGCUUGCGUCCAAGUUUUAUCAAAGUUUUAUUCCAUUUUAUCUGUAUUUUUGUUCUACUAAUUAGUUUAAAGCAUGUAUGAAUAUUCUUUCAACCCAAAUAUCGAUCAUGAGCCCGGAUCUGUAGAAUCUCAACAAUCCACUAUUUAUUCGGAUUCUGAUGAUUCUGAUGACAGUUUUCUUGACGAUGAAGUAAUACCACCGAAGGAACAAGCUAUGAGAAAAAUUGAAUUCGCUCUUGCAGAUAUUAAAAGGCAAAUGGAUAACAAAGAGAAAUCGUUGACUUUGAGAAUAUCGACUAGUAAAUCACAUUUUUGCCUUCGUUAUACAGCAAAGAGGAAAGGAAAAUUGGAUAGAGAUUUGCACUGUCUUCACCAAGUUUAUGAUUUGCUCGAAAAUGACAAAAGAUCAACGAAAAGAGAAUUGUAUUAUGAACAUAAAGCAGUUUAUGGAAACCAGAAAUAUUUAGACAGUUCAAUAAAAUCAAUUUGUGAGCUUUUGAAUGAAAGUCGGGCUAAUUUAAACAUUCUCUCUUGUGGACGCGGGAUAAUUCGUGGAGCAAUUACUUUUUUAGUUGAGAAUGUUGGUGUAAUUGAUGCGAGAGUUCAAGAAGUUUUGAUCACAGAUGCACUGUUAUUUUCGAAUAUAAUAUCAGAAGCCGAUUUCAUACUUGUUGUUGAGAAAGACACAACUUUUCAAAAAUUAAUGGAUGAAAAUUUUCAAGCAAUGUUUCCACGUGGGAUUCUAGCAACUUCGAAAGGAUAUCCGGAUAUUGCAACUCGAAAUGUUCUGAAAAUGUUGAGUGAAAAAAGAAAAUUUCCAAUAUACGGACUGUUUGACGCUGAUCCGCAUGGUAUUGAAAUCUACUUGACUUACAAAUAUGGACCUACGAAAGAAUUUGCCGAAGGCCGAGGAGCCUUUGUUCCAACGAUUGAAUGGAUCGGUCUUUUCCCAACUGAUUUUCAUCGUUUCACCAUCGAUCAAUCACAAUGUCUUCCAUUGGUUCGAACUGAUUUUGUGAAAAUUGAGAAGAUGAUUCCUCGAUCGAUUCAACUCGGAGAAAUAGUGGUGACACGAGAAUUAGACUGGAUGAUUCAGAAUAAAUUUAAAAUGGAACUUGAAUCAAUAAAUAUGUGCGGACAGGAGUAUAUGGCUCGAUUCUUGAUUGCUCCGAGAGUCAUGUCGAUAGAAAAAGAAAUUCCGAUUCAACCAGAGACGAUUAUAAACGAGUACCACGAAGAUUCACAAUGUUCGCUGUCGACAGAUGAUGAUCGGGAAGCAAAAGACGAUGACUAUAUAGAUUCGGAUGCUGAAGAAAAGUUCCAGAAUAUGAUAGAUAAUGAUAGUGAUUGAAAAUAAUAUGAAACAGAUUUUAUUUU